GCCGGCAGACGCCACCAAAUCAGAAGCAGUUCCGCGCAUUCCAUCCACCGCCGCAUUCCGAGGGGUCCGAGCUCGCCGGAGAGGGAGGAGAGAUGGCCAGGAAGGGCGGAGAGAGGAAGAAGGCGGUGACCCGGUCCGUCAAGGCCGGCCUCCAGUUCCCCGUCGGCCGCAUCGGGCGCUUCCUCAAGAAGGGCCGCUACGCGCAGCGCGUCGGCUCCGGCGCCCCCGUCUACCUCGCCGCCGUCCUCGAGUACCUCGCCGCCGAGGUGCUGGAGCUCGCCGGCAACGCCGCCAAGGACAACAAGAAGAGCCGCAUCGUGCCGCGCCACCUGCUCCUCGCCAUCCGCAACGACCAGGAGCUCGGCAAGCUGCUCGCCGGCGUCACCAUCGCGCACGGCGGCGUGCUGCCCAACAUCAACCCCGUGCUGCUCCCCAAGAGGGCCCUCGAGAAGGCCGAGAAGGAGGCCCAGUCGCCCAAUUUUUCAGGCCUGUCAUACGACACCAACGAAGUUGCUCUCAAGGACGCGUUCUCUCAGCACGGCGAUGUUAUCCAAGUCAAAGUGAUGUGCCAUCCCGUGACCGGGCAAUCAAAAGGGUACGGUUUCGUCAAGUUCUCCUCGGAAAAAGAAGCAGCUGCGGCAUUGGAGAAGAUGAGCGACGAGGUGCUCGAUGGGAAGAACAUACGGGUGCAUUUCGCAAACAGUGGAUGACCUGCUACUGCUGCUACAGAUGAGCAAGGUCCACAUUAGCGCUGGUUUGGGAACAAUUUCUGCUCUCAUCUUAAAACUUGAAUAUGGCAAGUCCGAUGGAAACCAGCUAUCCAUCCAGAAGCGUAUUAUGUAUGUUGUGGCAAGCAUGGCAUGUUAUUUCCAUCCAGAAUGCCAAUGGGUCUGUAAACUAGAGCUUAUUUUUGGGAGUUUUAUUUUAAAGGCAGCUGUAAAAUUUGAGCUUAAUUUGGGAAAAUUUACCGACAUGAGAGUUGCAUUUCUUCAAACACA